AUGUUGGCUCGACAAGCCGUGCUGCGCCGAGCAGCCAUCUCGACCAUCCCGACACAACGAAUCGUCACCCGUCAGAUUCGGCCUCUGACAAGACAAAUAUCCUUCCUACCAUGGCGUCGACAAAAGCCUCCAGCCGGCGUCCCCGUCUACUUUGCCAAACCGAAACCUUCCUACGGUCCGAGUUUCCGAAGACGACUUGGCCGAGCCCUUUUUACGACCGUCGUCUUCUAUGCCUGCUGGCAAAUAUUCAUGGCCGUCGUUUUUGACCCUCUCCUCGACUGGGCUGACGCAGAAUGGGAGGCCAUGUCGGAUAAGGAAAAGGAAGAGGUGCAGAAUAUGGCCGAGGAGGACGAACCCAUAUUAUUCCUACCCUUCCCUUUUACGACCGAAGAGGUUAAGCAACCCCCUUAUCGAGGCUCCGACCCGGAAUGGGAGAUGUUUGUCAAGGUCAACCAGGAUACAAAGCUUCAGAAGGAGAUCAAGUUCGGUCUUGCGGACGAGAUCAAGAGGGGAGUUGAGAAGAACCCUGCAUUUGUCAGACUUCUUGGUGGCGGGGCAAUCACAGUCAGAAAGCUCUGGUUGGAUAUCAUCUAUCCGCCUGCUCCUCCGCCGAAGCACUACAUCUCCGGAAUCAUCAUUGAUGAGGAGGGCAUCUUUUGGGGUGAUCGACCCAUCGAUUCAACCGCCGCAAACCACCUCGCCAAGGUUCUCUACCCCAAGGCUGUGGCAUUGACAUGUUGGACGUUUAUUAGCUUCCUUGCAAAGCAAGGAUUUCAAGACUUCACAAGAGCUCUUGGUUUCAGUGACCCCGUCCCUCCGGAGCCGACAUUCCACCCCGGGCCCCUCGAGCGAUUUAAGGGACAGGGUGGGUUCCCAGCCGGCCCUAGGAAUCAGACUGUCAGAGUGGUUGGACAGUCUGAGCGACCUCCCCAUGGAUCUUUCCCUACUGGCAACGGUGAUAUCAUUGGUACACUUUUUGGCAGCGAGACACAGUUUGACCCUCGCAUCCAAGCCGCCAUCCAGGCCGCAUCUCUCACCUUUGCUCGAAACUGGAAGCCUACAAAGACGUCUCCGAAUAGGGGAUGCAUCAGAGUUGAUGGAGUCGUCGAGCUGAAGGGAAAGACGGCAUGCAUGGCAGUUUACGUCCUGGGCUGGUACGACCCCAAGUUGCGGAAGUUUAUGGGCAUCCAGACUGGUCUCAAGCACCUGGUGCAGUUGAAGCAGCGCCCGGCGCCCGGCUGA